GCCCCUUUCUCCCUCUCGUCCUCCGGAAGCGGUCCCGCUCGCCCACCCCGCAGAGCCCGGACGCGGACGCCAUGGUGGAGAAGGGAUCCGACCACUCCUCGGACAAGUCCCCCUCCACGCCUGAGCAGGGCGUGCAGCGCAGCUGCUCCUCGCAGUCCGGCCGGAGUGGAGGCGGCAAGAACUCCAAGAAAAGCCAGAGCUGGUAUAAUAGCUGGGAGCACCCCCUGACCUCGGCCGUUGUCGUGCAGGUGUUAAGCCCCACUUACAAGCAGAGAAAUGAAGACUUCAGAAAGCUCUUUAAGCAACUUCCAGACUCGGAGCGCCUCAUUGUGGAUUACUCCUGUGCACUCCAAAGAGACAUUCUCCUUCAAGGCCGACUCUACCUCUCGGAAAACUGGAUCUGCUUCUACAGCAACAUCUUCCGCUGGGAAACUCUGCUGACUGUCCGUCUAAAAGACAUCUGCUCCAUGACUAAAGAGAAGACAGCGCGCCUCAUCCCCAACGCCAUCCAAGUUUGCACUGACUCAGAAAAGCACUUUUUCACUUCGUUCGGGGCCCGGGACAGGACGUACAUGAUGAUGUUCCGGCUGUGGCAGAACGCGCUCCUCGAGAAGCCGCUGUGCCCCAAGGAGCUCUGGCACUUCGUCCACCAGUGCUACGGGAGCGAGCUGGGCCUGACCAGCGACGACGAGGACUACGUGCCCCCCAGUGACGACUUCAACACGAUGGGCUACUGCGAGGAGAUCCCCGUCGAAGAGAAUGAAGUGAAUGACAGCUCGUCCAAAAGCAGCAUAGAGACCAAGCCAGAUGCCAGUCCACAGCUGCCCAAGAAGUCGGUCACCAACAGCACACUGACGUCCACCGCGAGCAGCGAAGCACCCGUCUCGUUUGAUGGGCUGCCCCUGGAGGAGGAGGCGCUGGACGGCGAGGGGCCCCUGGAGAAGGAGCUGGCCAUGGACAGCAUCAUGGCAGAGAAGAUGGAGAUCCUGGCGCCGGUGAGCUCCCCUUCACUGGACUUCAACGACAAUGAGGACCUCCCCACCGAGAUCAGCGACUCCUCCGACACCCACGACGAAGGGGAGGUCCAGGCCUUCUACGAGGACCUGAGCGGCCGGCAGUACGUGAAUGAGAUCUUCAAUUUCAGCGUGGACAAGCUCUACCACCUCCUGUUCACCGACUCGCCCUUCCAGCGCGACUUCAUGGAGCAGCGGCGCUUCUCAGAUAUCGUCUUCCACCCCUGGAAGAAGGAGGAGAACGGGGACCAGAGCCGCCUGAUCCUUUACACCAUCAACCUCACCAACCCACUGGCUCCCAAAACGGCCACCGUCAGGGAGACACAGACCAUGUACAAGGCGAGCCAGGAGAGCGAGUGCUACGUGGUGGACGCCGAGGUCCUGACCCACGACGUGCCCUACCACGACUACUUCUACACCGUCAACCGCUACACACUCACGCGCGUGGCCCGCAGCAAGAGCCGGCUCAGGGUCUCCACUGAGCUGCGCUACCGCAAGCAGCCCUGGGGGCUGGUGAAGACGUUCAUCGAGAAGAACUUCUGGAGCGGCCUGGAGGACUACUUCCGCCACCUGGAGAGCGAGCUGACCAAGAUGGAGAGCAGCUACCUGGCUGAGACGCACCGACAGUCUCCCAAAGAGAAGGCCAGCAAAGCCCCGGCCGUGCGGCGGAGGAAGCGCCCCCACGCCCACCUGCGGGGGCCCCACCUGGAGGAGGUGCUGAGCCCCGUCACCACGCCCACCGACGAGGACGUGGGCCGCAGGGCCAAGCACGUGGCAGGUUCCACACAGACACGGCAUAUCCCUGAGGACACCCCCAACGCUUUCCACCUGCAGAGCGUGUCCAAGCUGCUGCUGGUCAUCAGCUGUGUCCUGGUGCUGCUGGUCCUCCUUAACGUGAUGCUUUUCUACAAGCUCUGGACGCUGGAGUACGCCACCCAGACCCUCACCGCCUGGCAGGGCCUGAGGCUCCAAGAACGGGGUCUGGGAGCACAGGACAGUCCACUGAGCAUAACUCCAGCUGCUGGGGGACCCCUUCUUCCACCCCACAGGUUACCCCAGUCGCAGACAGAGUGGGCCCAGCUCUUAGAGUCCCAACAAAAGUACCACGACACCGAGCUCCAGAAGUGGAGAGAGAUCAUCAAGUCCUCGGUGAUGCUCCUCGACCAGAUGAAGGACUCCCUCGUCAACCUUCAGAACGGCAUCAGGUCCCAGGACUACACAUCCGAGCGCGAAGAGAAGAGGAGCCGCUACCACUGACAAAGCAGGAGCAGGGCUGCCGGAGGCCUGUGCAAUACGUGUACAUAGACCUAUAAAUAGAUAUAUAUAUAUAAAUAUA